UAUUGUCUUACUGAGAGCAGGGGCUGUGGAUUGCAGUAUCUGGUGUCUGCUACCUAUUUCUGCCUCACUGCAUCACAGAAGGGACACUGACCUUCCCUUACCUCUUGGAUUUAAAACAGCAGCUCCUGAUUUUUGCUUCCUGAAGAAGACCUUUGCUUUGGUUGCAAGGAAAAGCUGUCUGCAGUGUGAAGCUUAAGAGAAGAGAAUCUGGCAGCUUGACUUGGACUGCAUUGUCUGGCUUCAUGACCCCUGCUGUGUAGCAGUCUCAUCCUUCUCUCACACACUCCCUCUAUCUCUCACUCUUUUUCUUUUUUCCUUCUUUAAAUAGCAGCAUCUGGGGCCAGCCAUGUUUGGCACUGAAUCUUCAUGGCCCUGAUCCACAACCACUGAAGUCCACAGGAGUCUUUUCCAUUAACUCCCGUGACCAUUGGAACAGGCCUCAGAUAUCUGAAUCUGACUCUGAUUCAGGCCUUUUGCUCUAGCAUGAUGUGAGUAUGUUUUUGAACACAUUAACCCCCAAGUUCUAUGUUGCCUUGACAGGCACUUCUUCAUUAAUCUCAGGUCUUAUUUUGAUAUUUGAGUGGUGGUAUUUUCGCAAGUAUGGGACAUCAUUCAUUGAGCAGGUCUCUGUGAGCCACUUGCGCCCUCUGCUGGGUGGGGUGGACAAUAACUCCCCCAACAACUCUAACACAAGCAAUGGGGACUCUGAUUCAAACCGACAGAGUGUUUCAGAAUGCAAAGUGUGGCGAAAUCCAUUAAACCUAUUCAGAGGAGCUGAGUAUAACCGAUAUACGUGGGUGACAGGAAGAGAACCUUUGACCUACUAUGAUAUGAAUCUUUCAGCGCAGGAUCAUCAAACGUUUUUUACAUGUGACACAGAUCAUUUACGGCCUGCAGAUGCCAUAAUGCAAAAAGCCUGGAGAGAGAGAAACCCGCAAGCCAGAAUUUCUGCAGCACACGAAGCCUUGGAGUUGAACGAGUGUGCCACUGCUUAUAUUCUCUUGGCUGAAGAGGAAGCAACGACUAUUGUGGAGGCAGAGAAGCUGUUUAAGCAGGCUCUGAAAGCAGGAGAGGGCUGCUACAGGCGUAGCCAGCAGUUACAGCACCAUGGAGCCCAGUAUGAAGCCCAACACAGACGAGAUACUAAUGUGUUAGUAUACAUUAAGCGGAGGCUGGCAAUGUGUGCAAGAAAGCUGGGAAAGACCAGGGAAGCUGUAAAAAUGAUGAGAGAUUUAAUGAAGGAGUUUCCUCUGCUAAGCAUGUUCAACAUCCAUGAAAACCUGCUAGAAGCUCUGUUGGAGUUACAAGCAUAUGCAGAUGUUCAGGCAGUUUUAGCAAAAUAUGAUGAUAUAAGCUUACCAAAAUCAGCAACGAUAUGCUACACAGCUGCACUGCUCAAAGCCAGAGCUGUCUCUGACAAAUUUUCUCCAGAGGCUGCCUCAAGGCGAGGACUGAGUACAGCAGAGAUGAAUGCAGUAGAAGCUAUUCACAGAGCAGUAGAAUUUAAUCCACAUGUGCCAAAAUAUCUACUAGAAAUGAAAAGCUUAAUACUACCCCCUGAACAUAUUCUGAAGAGAGGGGACAGUGAAGCAAUAGCAUAUGCUUUCUUUCACCUUCAGCACUGGAAAAGGGUAGAGGGGGCACUGAAUCUCUUACAUUGUACGUGGGAAGGCACUUUCAGAAUGAUCCCCUAUCCUUUGGAAAAAGGACACCUUUUUUACCCAUAUCCCAUCUGUACAGAAACAGCAGACAGAGAACUACUUCCAUCAUUUCAUGAAGUUUCAGUUUAUCCCAAGAAAGAGCUUCCUUUCUUUAUACUCUUCACUGCUGGAUUAUGUUCCUUCACAGCCAUGCUAGCCCUCCUGACACAUCAGUUCCCGGAGCUUAUGGGGGUCUUCGCAAAAGCUUUUCUCAGCACUCUCUUCGCCCCUUUAAAUUUUGUGAUGGAAAAAGUAGAAAGUAUCCUUCCCUCCAGUCUGUGGCACCAGUUGACAAGGAUCUGAGGGGAAACACCACACUGAUUGACUGCCAUGACAUCUUCUGUGACAACUUUUUGUUGACCACAAGAAAGCAUGAUAAAAAAGGGAAACAGUUCUAAGACUUAAAAACUCUUCAUGGAUUGUCUGUUCUCAUAUAAAAACUGUUUUUGUUGUACAAAAUACAUUGCUGUUAGGUUUUAUCAUAUUUUGCUUUCAGAAAAGAAAAGGAUCUUAAAAAUAAACUUUU